UGAGCAGAUGGCACCCGGGUUAGAUAAGGAAGCUGGCGUGGCUCGACUGCGUACUGGCGCCGCUUUCCAGCGUGACCUUUCCGUGCCACCAGAAGUUGGGGUUUCCCAGGAGACGAGAUGCCCCUCCUGGACUGCAGGUUCCUAAAGAGUCAUCGUGAGCAACGCCUUGCACACCUGGUACUGGCUGCUAUCACCAUGGGAUUCGUUUGGCAAGAAGGAGAGACCCAGCCCCCAAAGGUGCUGCCGAGAACUCUUGCCAUUCCUUUUGUUGAAGUCUCCAGGAAGUUGGGGCUCCCUCCCAUCCUGGUCCACUCUGACCUGGUGCUGACAAACUGGACCAAAAGGAACCCAGAAGGACCAUGGGAAAUCAGUAACCUGGAAACCAUCGUCUCUUUUCCCGGGGGAGAGAGCCUGCAGGCCUUCGUACUGGUGACCGUUUUGGUGGAGAAGGCAGCUGCGCCUGGCAUUAAGGCCCUGAUUCGGGGAGUGGAGGCCCUUCUGCACCACAACCGGGACACCCUGCUCCAGGCCCUGCAGCAGCUGAGACUCUCCAUCCAGGAAAUGACCAAAGCCUUGGCCCAAAUGUACGAUUAUGUAGACCCAGACAUUUUUUACACGGUCAUCCGGAUUUUCCUCUCUGGGUGGAAGGACAACCCAGCCAUGCCUGAAGGGCUGCUCUAUGAGGGUGUGGCCACGGAGCCUUUGAGGUACUCAGGAGGAAGUGCAGCCCAGAGUUCUGUGCUUCAGGCCUUUGACGAGUUCCUGGGCAUUCGGCAUUGCAAGGGAAGUGUAGACUUUCUGCACAGAAUGAGAGACUACAUGCCGCCUUCCCAUAAGGCCUUCCUGGAGGACCUGCAUUCAGCUCCUUCGCUGAGGGACUACGUACUGACCUCUGGUGCUGGGUGCUGCCUGAUGGCCUACAACCAGUGUGUGGAGGCGCUGGUGCAGCUGCGCAGUUACCACAUCAAUGUGGUGGCACGUUACAUCAUCUCCGCUGCUUCCAGGGCCAGGAGCAAGAUGCUGAGCCAUCCCUCGCCCCAUGCCUUGGAGGAUAGGGGCACUGGGGGAACUGCAGUGCUGAGCUUCCUGAAGAGCGUCAGGGAGAAGACCGUGGAGGCCAUCCUGAACCCUAAUGCUUAACAGUUCACACCCCACAUCCUUGUGCUUAGCAGUUCACACCCCGCAUCCUUGUGCUUAGCAGUUCACACCCCGCAUCCUUGUGUUUACGCCUUGUGGGAGUCUGAGCCAGGACCAGAGCUCUGCCUGAACCCAAGCAUACUUUUGCUCCCAAGAACCCCUUGUUCUUUGUUCAUAAACUGUAGCUCCCACUUCCACCCCACCCUCAGCCACUUUGCUUGCUAGAAACCUUUCUGUCCUGCUUGAUCCCCUUACCUCACAGCCGAGAGCUGAAACCAAGUCUCCAUUCAGUGGGCAAGUCAGAGAUACCCAAGCUCAAGUUUAAAAGAAUCAAAUUGCCUUCGGGCUUCUCACCUCAUCUUUUCCUCCUCUCAAUCUCUUUUCCCCUUCCCUCUUUCUCCCCUCCCUCUCCCCCCCCCCACUUUGUCCUUUUCUUGUCUUCCUGUGUUUACUCCUUUUUCCUCUUCUUCCCUCUGUCCCCAUCCCUCCUCCCUUCCUUCUCUCUCUUUGUCUUUGACCCAGGAUCAAACUACUCCAGACCAGCUUCCAGUAGAUCCUGUGAUUCCUCUACCUUAACCUUCUGAGGUUAUACAUGUGUACUAACUGCCAUGAGCUCUCUCUUCAUUUCUUUUCUUUUACCCUGCUGGAGGUGACACCUAAGGUUUCGUACACACCAGGCAAUUGUUCCACCACUGAGCUCCAGUCCCAGCUCUCUGUGUUUCUCAUUUUGAAAGAAAGUCUUAUGAGUUUCUUGGGCUGGUAUUGAGCUUUUAAGCUCAUGCUAGACUUAGUGUUUGAGUAUCUGGAAUGAGCCAGUGAGCCAUGUCGCUGCUGCUGACAAUGAUGGUAAUGAUGGUUGCCUCCCCCUCUUCCUCUUUGUUUAUUUUUGGUUUUUAUUUUGAAACAGGUUCUUACCAUGUUUUAGCUCAGGUUGCCUUCGACUCAAGGCAAUCCUCCAAUCUCAGCCUCCCCUGCACUGGGACUGUAAGCAUGGCCCACCACAGCUGGCUGUAGAGUCUCUUCUCUAAGUCCCUGCUGCGCUGCUCUACAGAGCCUUGGUUGGGGGACCGUCAGUGAACAGGGACAACCUUCUCCUCUCUGCCCAUGCUGAAUUCAACAUUGAGGGUUAGAUGCUUCAGUGGGGACAUGUGGGUGAGGGUGCUGGGCAUACAAACCUAAAUGUCACCAGCAUGGGGACUCUCUGCGACUGAACUGGAACUGAUGCGUCUUCCCCACAUGGUGGAGUCAUCGCGAAUUCUAUUUUAAUUCUCUGCUCUAUUUUUAGGGCAAUGUUUUUCUUUUUCCUAGUGACACUGGAAUUUGUAUUUGAAAAAUGCUUUAAUUGACCCUUUGAAACGAAGUGAGCCAAACAGGAAUAAAUAGAAAGUCCACAUGUUUUCGGAUAUAAAUAAAUGUAGCUGUUAUUUUUGAAGUUUCUAGCUCUAGGUCUUACUCUACCUGACAGUAGAAAACUCAGAUUUCACCCGUUUAAAGCCAUUUUCAUUAACUGGGCCUCCCCCACGUUUCAAAUGCAUAUGUGCACACACACACCUGCACCAGACUUUCCUUCCAUCGUCCCGUCUAGGAGGGGAGCAUCAGUGAGGACCAUUUGAUCAUUGCCCAGCCUUGUCCAAAUGCCUGGCCCCUGUGUGGAUCCAGAUCAGGUGGACUUAGCAUCCCCGUUCAUCAUAUCUAAAAAGGCUUUCAGGCCCCAUGGUCCUGCUGUUCCAUAGUCCUGCCACCAUAAAAACACAUGAGAUUGGCUUAGGAUUUCUACUUUUCAGUACCUGGGGAAGAGAGAGAAGGCUAGCUCCAAAAGAGGGCGCAAGUCAGGUCCUACCCCAAGGCAUUGGGGCUCUUCCUGUCUCAUAUCCCCUGGGCUCCAUCCAGCAAAGAUUGGGGGUACACCUGACCAUGAUAAGGGCUUCUCAGAGCCCCAGGGUCAUGCUCCUCUGUCACCACUCUUGCUGCUGCUCUUCCUGGUGUAGGGCUUAGCAGCACCCUCGUCUCUUGUUCUCUCCAGAGCCUCAGCCUGAGCUUAUAAUGACUCAAAAAAAUCCUCCUCUCCACCUGAUGUCCUUGGCUCCUGGUGAAGUCUCUUUAGCAGCUUCACGCAAGGACACAAGUGUACUUAUUUAUCUCAAAUGUUUCUCUGGGA